AAGCUAUCUGUGCCAGCUAGCGUUUCGUUUAAGAUACUGUUUGACUUGUUUAGGCAGUGCUCCUCUUCUCAAACUGGCAUAUAUCAGGACCAAUUGUUGUACGGAUAUAUUUCCCUGAGCGUGUCGUCAUUCGAGCGUCAUUUACCCCGAACUAUCAAAAGCACCUCUAUCUACAGUAUAUCCCCAUCAGCGAAGUCACAACAUGGUUCUCAAGUGAUCAACUGGGAAGAAUUGAUCAGCUUUCGACUGAGACUCUUGUAUCGACCAUGGCGACCAAGCCGAGCAUCACAAUUGACCCUUCCAAAAAGCAGCCGCCUACAAGAGACCAUCCAGAACCAUCUUCACUGAAGCAGCAGCUACCACCAGCAAAGUCAACCAAAUCCCAUCCAACAAAGACCACACGGAACAAUGCCAGCCUCUUCUUCGUGGGCACUGCCACCACAAUCCUCGAAUGGCAAGGACUCCGACUGAUGACAGACCCCAACUUCCUCCACGCAGGAGACCACGUCCAUCUCGGCCCUGGUGUCCAGGGCACACGCCAGACGAACCCAGCCGUUGAUCUACACGACCUUCCCAACAUCGACUUGGUCCUGUUGUCGCACUACCACGCCGACCACUUUGACCAAGAAGUCGAGGCAUCCCUAAGACGCAACCUACCCAUCAUCACCACCCCACAUGCCCAAGAGCAUCUAGCGAACAAAGGCCAAGGCGAGUCAUUCACUGCGGUCCACGCCGUCGACGCCUGGGAGAACAUGUUCGUCAACGUCGACGCGGGCACCAAGGGCGCCAGACCAGGCAUCCACGUCACAGGCAUGCCAGGCAAACACGUAGGUGAUGGCCUCCUGUCCAAAGCCAACGACAUCCUAGGCGCUGUGCCACCGACCAACGGCUGGAUGCUGGAGUUAGGAUACUCAUCCGAUCAGGACAAGGACUUCGAGUGCGGCUACCGCAUCUACAUCUCCGGCGACACCCUAUACGUGUCGGACCUCGAGAAGAUCCCCGAAAUGUACACCCAUGCCGGCAAACCCAUCGACCUGAUGCUCAUUCACCUGGGUGGCACGACCAUCCCGGGCCCGCACAUGCCGUUGAUCAUGGUCACCAUGGACGCCAAGCAGGGUAUUCAGCUGGUCAAGUUGAUACAGCCCGAGUUGACGGUUCCCAUUCACUACGAUGAUUACGAUGUCUUUUUGUCGCCGCUGGCAGAUUUCAAGGCUGAAAUGACGAAGGCCGGAUUUGACGAGAAGGUGGUGUACCUUGACCGUGGCGACCAGUUCGAGUUUGAGGUCCGUGGAGGCAAAAGUACUUGAGGCCGGCUAUCGAGGAGGGUCACGUUCAGUGUGAUGUACGGGUGCGACCCGGGUAACGAGCACCGGGCUGGGAAAAAGCCCAGGCAAGCGAGUUGUUGGCGGUGCCAAACUUAAGGCCCACGAGGCACCGACUCCUAUGAGUCGCACUAUCAAUCUCUUUCCUUCGGACACCAGCGAGAACAUAGCGCUUUCUCUGAGCUGCGGAGGCAAGGAUGAGCAGUAUGCAGGACUGUCCGCUCAGUGAAGAUGUUGCUUAGUGGUGCACACAAAUGAUCGGCUUCUUAAAGAAGGAAAGGACGAAGCCAUGAAUAACCAUAUCCAAAGCGGGAGGCCAGCACAACCGGGAUACCACUACAUUCAACACGAUCAGCCUUGUCACUGAGGAUAGUGGGCAAGCAACCAUGUCACCAUCUAAAAGAGGUAGAUC